ACGGGUUGCUGUACCGGUUCCCUGCGGGACUCUAAAGGCUGAAGAUAUCCGGCCCGGCGGGUUUUUGCAGGGCGGAGUUAGGCGCCGGAAGCUGUUGCGUAGGGGAAGUGGACCAAGCUCACUGCUGCCCAAGGUGGUCCUUUCAUUUCCACUAGAGUGGAGGGAGAGUGCUGCCAUGGCGGCCACGGCGCAGCCCAAGAAAAUUGUGGCCCCUACUGUGUCCCAGAUCAACGCGGAGUUCGUGACCCAGUUAGCAUGUAAAUACUGGGCUCCCCACAUUAAGAAGAAGUCACCUUUUGAUAUAAAGGUUAUUGAAGAUAUAUAUGAGAAAGAGAUUGUCAAAUCAAGGUUUGCCAUUAGAAAGAUAAUGCUGUUGGAAUUUAGCCAGUACCUUGAGAAUUACCUCUGGAUGAAUUAUUCUCCAGAGGUGUCCAGCAAGGCCUAUUUAAUGUCUAUCUGCUGUAUGGUGAAUGAAAAGUUCAGAGAAAAUGUCCCUGCAUGGGAGACUUUCAAGAAGAAGCCAGACCACUUCCCAUUCUUUUUUAAGCACAUCCUGAAAGCAGCAUUAGCUGAAACUGAUGGUGAAUUUUCACUCCAUGAGCAGACAGUCCUCCUCCUUUUUCUUGAUCAUUGCUUCAAUAGUUUGGAAGUAGACUUGAUACGGGGUCAAGUACAGCAGCUUAUCUCCCUCCCAAUGUGGAUGGGCUUACAGCCUGCGCGAUUGGAAUUAGAAUUAAAGAAGACACCUAAGCUAAGAAAAUUCUGGAACUUGAUUAAAAAAAAUGAUGAGAAGAUGGAUCCAGAAGCAAGAGAACAGGCCUAUCAAGAAAGAAGAUUUCUUUCACAGCUCAUCCAGAAGUUUAUCUCUGUGCUGAAAUCAGUCCCACUUUCUGAACCUGUCACUAUGGACAAAGUUCAUUACUGUGAAAGAUUCAUUGAACUUAUGAUAGAUCUAGAGGCCCUACUACCCACAAGGCGCUGGUUUAAUACCAUCCUGGAUGACACCCACCUAUUGGUUCACUGUUACCUUUCCAAUCUUGUUCAUAGAGAGGAGGAUGGCCAUCUUUUUUCCCAGCUUUUAGAGAUGCUUAAGUUCUAUACUGGCUUUGAAAUUAAUGAUCAGACUGGGAAUGCUCUGACAGAGAAUGAGAUGACCACAAUUCACUAUGAUAGAAUCACUUCUCUACAGAGAGCUGCUUUUGCACAUUUCCCUGAACUCUAUGAUUUUGCCCUCUCAAAUGUGGCUGAAGUGGAUACUCGGGAAUCCUUGGUCAAGUUUUUUGGACCACUUAGUUCAAACACACUCCACCAGGUGGCAUCAUACCUCUGCUUGUUGCCAACCCUCCCUAAAAAUGAAGACACAACUUUUGAUAAAGAAUUUCUUCUAGAAUUGCUGGUAUCCCGUCAUGAACGUCGAAUAUCUCAGAUUCAGCAGUUGAACCAGAUGCCUUUAUAUCCAACUGAGAAAAUUAUAUGGGAUGAAAAUAUUGUCCCAACUGAGUACUAUUCUGGAGAAGGUUGUCUUGCUCUUCCGAAAUUGAAUUUGCAGUUUCUGACUCUUCAUGAUUACCUCCUAAGGAACUUUAAUCUUUUCCGCUUAGAGUCAACUUAUGAAAUUAGGCAGGACAUUGAAGAUAGUGUCAGCAGAAUGAAGCCAUGGCAAUCUGAAUAUGGUGGUGUAGUGUUUGGUGGUUGGGCAAGGAUGGCCCAGCCCAUUGUGGCUUUCACUGUAGUUGAGGUUGCCAAACCCAACAUAGGUGAAAACUGGCCAACCCGAGUUCGUGCAGAUGUUACCAUCAAUCUGAAUGUCAGAGAUCACAUCAAAGAUGAAUGGGAAGGUCUUCGUAAGCAUGAUGUAUGCUUUUUAAUUACUGUGCGUCCCACAAAACCUUAUGGCACAAAGUUUGACCGGAGGAGACCUUUUAUUGAGCAAGUUGGCCUGGUUUAUGUCAGAGGCUGUGAAAUCCAGGGCAUGCUGGAUGAUAAAGGACGUGUCAUCGAAGAUGGACCUGAACCCAGACCCAACCUUAGAGGAGAGUCAAGGACAUUUAGAGUGUUUUUGGAUCCAAACCAGUAUCAACAAGAUAUGACCAAUACUAUACAAAAUGGAGCAGAAGAUGUGUAUGACACUUUCAAUAUAAUAAUGAGGAGGAAACCAAAGGAAAAUAACUUUAAGGCUGUGCUGGAGACCAUUCGGAACCUGAUGAAUACUGAUUGUGUGGUACCUGACUGGCUGCAUGAUAUUAUUUUAGGUUAUGGAGACCCAAGUAGUGCACAUUAUUCAAAAAUGCCCAAUCAGAUUGCCACCCUUGAUUUCAAUGAUACAUUUCUUUCCAUUGAGCAUUUAAAAGCCAGCUUUCCUGGUCAUAAUGUUAAAGUAACUGUGGAUGACCCAGCUCUACAGAUACCCCCUUUCAGGAUAACUUUUCCAGUAAGAAGCGGAAAAGGGAAGAAAAGGAAAGAUGCAGAUGGGGAAGAUGAAGACACUGAAGAGGCAAAAACUUUAAUUGUUGAACCUCAUGUUAUUCCUAAUAGAGGUCCUUAUCCUUAUAAUCAACCCAAACGUAAUACAAUUCAAUUCACUCAUACACAGAUAGAGGCCAUUCGUGCUGGAAUGCAGCCUGGACUGACUAUGGUUGUGGGCCCACCUGGUACAGGAAAAACAGAUGUGGCGGUCCAGAUUAUAUCCAACAUCUAUCACAAUUUCCCAGAGCAGAGGACACUAAUUGUUACUCAUUCCAAUCAGGCCCUGAACCAGUUGUUUGAGAAAAUCAUGGCAUUAGAUAUUGAUGAGCGCCACCUACUACGUCUUGGUCAUGGAGAAGAAGAGCUAGAAACAGAGAAAGAUUUCAGCAGGUAUGGAAGAGUUAAUUAUGUCCUGGCUCGAAGAAUAGAACUUUUAGAAGAAGUCAAACGAUUGCAAAAGAGUCUAGGGGUCCCAGGAGAUGCCUCAUAUACCUGUGAAACUGCAGGCUAUUUUUUCUUAUAUCAGGUAAUGUCUCGUUGGGAAGAGUAUAUCAGCAAAGUGAAAAAUAAAGGCAGUACAUUGCCAGAUGUUACAGAAGUCUCCACUUUCUUCCCCUUCCACGAAUACUUUGCAAAUGCCCCACAACCCAUUUUUAAAGGCAGAUCUUAUGAAGAAGAUAUGGAAAUUGCUGAAGGAUGUUUCAGGCAUAUUAAGAAAAUCUUUACUCAGCUUGAGGAAUUCAGAGCUUCUGAAUUGCUUCGAAGUGGACUGGACAGAUCUAAAUACCUUUUGGUGAAAGAAGCCAAAAUUAUUGCUAUGACUUGUACUCAUGCUGCCUUAAAACGACAUGACUUGGUCAAGUUAGGUUUCAAGUAUGACAACAUUUUAAUGGAAGAGGCUGCUCAGAUUCUGGAGAUAGAAACUUUUAUACCUCUUCUUCUACAGAAUCCUCAGGAUGGAUUUAGCCGACUAAAACGAUGGAUUAUGAUUGGUGAUCAUCACCAGUUACCUCCAGUCAUUAAGAACAUGGCCUUUCAGAAGUAUUCAAACAUGGAGCAGUCUCUCUUCACUCGCUUCGUCCGGGUUGGAGUUCCUACUGUGGACCUUGAUGCUCAAGGGAGAGCCAGAGCAAGCUUGUGCAACCUCUACAACUGGCGAUACAAGAAUCUAGGAAACUUACCCCAUGUGCAGCUCCUGCCAGAGUUCAGUACAGCAAAUGCUGGCUUACUGUAUGACUUCCAGCUCAUUAAUGUUGAAGAUUUUCAGGGAGUGGGAGAGUCUGAACCUAAUCCUUAUUUUUAUCAGAAUCUUGGAGAGGCAGAAUAUGUAGUAGCACUUUUUAUGUACAUGUGUUUACUCGGUUAUCCUGCUGACAGAAUCAGUAUUCUAACAACAUAUAAUGGGCAAAAGCAUCUUAUUCGUGACAUCAUCAAUAGACGAUGUGGUAACAACCCAUUGAUUGGAAGACCAAAUAAGGUAACAACUGUUGAUAGAUUUCAAGGUCAACAGAACGAUUAUAUUCUUCUUUCUCUAGUACGAACCAGGGCAGUGGGCCAUCUGAGGGAUGUCCGUCGCUUAGUGGUGGCCAUGUCUAGAGCCAGACUCGGACUUUAUAUCUUCGCCAGAGUAUCCCUCUUCCAAAACUGUUUUGAACUAACUCCAGCUUUCAGUCAGCUCACGGCCCGCCCCCUUCAUUUGCAUAUAAUUCCAACAGAACCGUUCCCAACCACAAGAAAGAAUGGAGAGAGACCAUCUCAUGAAGUACAGAUAAUAAAGAACAUGCCCCAGAUGGCAAACUUUGUAUACAACAUGUACAUGCAUUUAAUACAGACUACACAUCAUUAUCAUCAGACUUUAUUACAACUGCCACCUGCUAUGGUGGAAGAAGGUGAGGAAGUUCAAAAUCAAGAAACAGAAUUGGAAACAGAAGAAGAGGCCAUGCCAGCUCAAGCUGACAUCAUACCUAGUCCAACAGAUGCCAGCUGCAAUCAAGAAACCCCAGCUUUUCACACUGAUACCACCCCUAGUCAGACUGAGGCCACACCCAAUGAGGGCCAAGCCAGUUCCAAUCUGGAAGCCAUCCCUGCUCUAUCUGAAAUCACCACUAUUGUGGCAGGAGCUGUAACUGCACCAGCAGAGGCUAACACCCCUGAAGAUGCCACCUCAGUCCCAACAGAGACUAAGUAGCCAAACUGUAGCCCUUCUAAGAGGGGACAUGUCACUCAAGAAGUCUAAGUAAAAUUAGUUGUUGUAUUUUACAUUUGUCUCUGCCAUUUUAAUGGCACGAAUUAACAUCCAGUUCUUAUUUUUGUUAACUGAUGUCAGUGUUUUGGAUAUACUUUUUGAAAUUAUUUAUGUAUGAACAACUCCAGUUUUAUUUGUUCAGUGAGAAGACCAAUAACCAUUCCUUUUAUAGCUUGAUCACUGAGUGAAUGUAUCUAUAAUCAUACCUACAUUAAAAUAAUUUUCUGUGGAAUACACAAGACAUACUUCACAUUUUUAGUGAACAUCUCUAAAGAAAAGGACCAAAUACACUGGAAUUAAUUGUGAAUGCCCUUAAGCAGGUGACCAAAUUAGAGAGGAAAUUGUUUCUUCUAUCAUACUGUCAAAAGCUCAAAAAAAAACCAAACUGUUUCCUUUUUUUUAAUCUUUCUUUGCUAUGUUCCUCUAUGUAAAGACCUUAACAGCCAUAAGAUAUGGCUUUCUUCAGUCUAUCAAAGAGGUUGCAUGCAUUUCCUUCUUAAUCUCAUUAGAAUCACCUAAGAUGUUUGUUCUUGGGGCCCACCUCAGACCUAAUGAAUCUGCAUUUUAACAGGUUCUCCACACCACUAAUGUUUGGGUUGCUGAUAGCGUGGCAUCAUACAAGGCUAGGAGACUGAGCCAGGAUUCGUCAUUCAGCUAAAUAGGAAGAAUCCAGCAAAUCAGUCUGGACAGGAAGCAGGAUCCAGAGUCUGGUCAGUGAGAGCGAGCAAACUUCUGUUUGCACAAUAGAAUUCGCCCACUACAGAGGUUCUGAGUUUUCUGCCCUGUUUAAUUUUCUUGGUAGAUAACCAGCCACAAGGAGACUCUGAAGUAAAAUGCCCUCCAAAUACAGGGUGGCAAAGGUACCUAGGACCUUGCUACUCAAGUGUGGUUGACGAACCAGCAGCAUCAACAUCCAGUUGAAGUUUGUUAUGUUAGAAAUUCAGAAGUUUGGGCUUCACCCCAGACCUAUUAAAUCUAAAUCUGCAUUUCAACAAAAUCUCCAGGUGAUUCAUACACACUUUGUAGUUUGAGAAGCGCUGUACUGAGAUUUCUGUGCUGUCCUCACAUGAAUGAGACUAUAAUGGUAGAAUUAACAGUGAGUGUGACUGAUGUUUUCUGACAAGGGACCUUUGCUUAUAAGGUCCCUGGGCAUGGUGCCCGGAGCUGGAAGAAAGAGAUGGAUAUGUGUAUGGGAGGAGAGACAAAUUGCCCACUAGUUCUCUCUUUCCCAUUUUGAUCAUCUGCUAGAGUGGCUAAGGGGGAACAUUUCUAGGGUGUCCCCUCUAGUGCAUCUACCAUAGGCUUGACCAUGUCCAAGGAAUCUUUGAGGAACUAACAACUGUACUACCAUUGCAGUCCUUUUGAAGGAAUGAUUGAUUCAUAAGGAAAUUAAACCUCGUAAGUCAAA